GAUAACAUCGCUGAGCCCCUAAAUAUUCAGGAACUGGAUACCAGCAACGGUGUGUUGUUUCCAUUUUACGAUUCUGAUACAAACAUGAUCUACCUAUGUGGCAAAGGGGACAGUACUAUCCGCUACUUCGAAAUAACAGACGAAGAACCAUAUGUUCACUUCAUCAACAUGUUGACUAGCUCAGAUCCUCAGCGUGGCAUGGGCUGGAUGCCUAAGCGUGGCUUAGAUGUAAAUCAAAAUGAAAUCGCACGCUUCUACAAGUUACACACCAAAGGUCUAUGUGAAGUAAUUCCCUUCACAGUGCCUCGAAAAUCUGGACUUUUUCAAGAAGAUCUAUAUCCAGAUACUGCUGGUGACACUCCUUCCCUCACUGCCGAGGAGUGGGCUACUGGAAAAGAUGCUAAUCCAAUAUUGGUGAGUCUGCUUUUAAAUUUUUGCAAUCUUAAUUGCAAGUUUACUCAUGAGCAACUAAGCUUGUAUGUAUCCUUUCUUAAUAUUUUAUUAUAUACCUUUAAAUAUUCUGAAAAUUCUGUUAAUAUUUUCUAA